AUGCUAGACGUAGGGCCUAUCGGACCGGACAGGAACUGGAAGGGCAUUGGCAUCUCUCUGCUGGUUAUCUUGCUGGUGCUCUCACUCAUUGGACUGUCCAUUGUUCUGCUGUCAAAAGAUGACAGUGGGAAACCCUUUGGUUCACAGUUGACACUGGACGACCUCUUUCAAAGAAACUUUCAAAUACAUGACCCUGAUGUGAAGUGGAUUAAUGGGGAAGAAAUCAUCUAUCAGAGCUGGGACGGAGAUGUUCUGAAAGUUUCCACACACGACAAUGAAACAGACCUCCUGUUGAAAAACUCAACGUUUGCGACUUUUAAGGCAUCAAAGUUUGCAGUUUCUCCAGAUCUGAACUUUGUUCUUCUGGGAUAUGAUGUCAAGCAGGUCUACCAGCACUCUUUCUUAGCAUCGUACCUGAUCUACAACCUGUAUACAAGAGAGGUCCGGGAGCUGAAUCCUCCAGAGGUGUCAGACUCUGUCCUCCAGUUCGCCUCGUGGGGUGUUCAUGGUCAGCAGCUGAUAUAUAUAUUUGAAAACAACAUCUACUACCAAACAGAUGUUCAGAGCAGCUCGUGGAGACUCACGUCCUCUGGACAGGAGGGGAUCGUCUUCAAUGGCAUCGCAGACUGGCUGUAUGAGGAGGAGGUGUUACACACUCAGGUGGCCCACUGGUGGUCACCUGAUGGAUCCAGACUGGCCUACCUGACGGUCAACGACUCCCUGGUCCCUAACAUGCUGCUGCCUCGCUUCACAGGAUCUCUCUAUCCCAGAGGGAAGGAGUACCCUUACCCAAAGAUGGGUCAGAUCAAUCCCACUGUCAGACUCUGUGUGGUCACUCUAGAUGGCAGCUCCCUAACAACUGAGCUAAGACCUCCCGACAGUUUUGAAAAGAGUGAGUACUACAUCACCAUGGUGAAAUGGGUGACGGAGGAGAGGCUGAGCGUGCGCUGGGUGAACCGAGCUCAAAACAUGUCCAUUCUCUCACUGUGUGAUGUCAUCACAGGUGACUGCACAAAGAAACAUGUGAUGACAUCAGAGAAGUGGCUUGAUCGUCAGAACGAGGAGCCAGUAUUUUCCAGAGAUUGCACAACACUCUUCAUCACUAUGCCCUUAAAACACGGCGGCCGCGGGACAUUCAACCAUAUCACCAUGAUCUCCAACCAAUCUGAGGGUCAAGAGGGCAGCAUGCGCCACCUGACCUCAGGAAGCUGGGAAGUCUCUCAGAUUCUGGCCUAUGAUGAGACCACCAACUCAGUUUAUUUCCUGAGCACAGAGGAAGGCUCAACGCAGCGGCAAUUGUACAGGGUCUCCACUGUGGAUCCAUUUCAGAAAGAAUGCCUCACGUGCUCCCUCUUCAAAUCAAAGUGCACCUACUAUGACGCCAUCCUCAGCCCUAACUACCAACAUGUGCUUCUCAACUGCAGAGGUCCAGGAAUACCCCAGUCUACUCUUCACAAACUAAAUGAUAUGAACAAGCACAAGACGUUUGAAGGGAACACAGUAUUAAAACAUGUACUGAUGAACAGGACGAUACCCAAGUGGGAAAGACGAACUGUACAAAUCAACAACCUUGGACUUCCUCUAGAGUUGAUUGUCCCCAUAGAUUUGGAUGAAACAAAGGCGUACCCACUUUUAUUGGUUCUUGACAGCGCGCCUGGUGGUCAGGCGGUGAGCGACCGCUUCUCUCUCAGCUGGGACUCUGUCUUGGUGAGUUCAGACAGCGUCAUCGUGGCUCGACUGGACGGUCGGGGCAGCGGCUUCCAGGGCCAGAGGAUCCUGCACGAGGUUCAUCAGAGGCUGGGAAGUGUCGAUGUCCAGGACCAAAUCUCAGUUCUGCAGCACCUGAUGAGGCUGCCGUACAUCGAUGGCAACAGAGUUGGAGUUUAUGGAAAGGCGUACGGAGGCUUCCUGUCCUCGCUCCUGCUCCUUUCCCACAGCUCCAUGUUCAAAUGCGGCAUCGCUGUGGCUCCUAUAACAAACUGGAGACUCUAUGGGUCAGCCUUCACUGAGAAAUACUUUGGCUCUCCGGUGAAAGAGGAUCACAAAUACAAAAUUUCCACUCUGCUCAGUAACAUCACAGCACUGAGUCCACUGAACUUCCUUAUUAUCCAUGGCACAGCAGAUGCCACUGUUCAUUUCCAACAUUCUGCUGAGUUGGUCAAACUGCUGUCUGCGUCCAAUGUUAACUACACUCUCCAGAUUUUCCCAGAUGAAGGACACAACAUUGUUUCUGUCAAGAGCCGACACUACAUGCUAAACUCAGUGCUCACCUUCUUCAGGCACUGCUUUAAGGAGGACGAGGUCUUUGUCCCGCAGACAUCUGAAGAAGAUGACUAG